AUGAAUAUGUUGGAUGAUGAAGAUGACCAAAGCUUUCACGCUACGCGUGACGGCUACUCCCAUUUGAGCGAUGUCGAAUGGGAUGCGGUUGAACGAAUGGGUUCGACCAUGGGCAUCCAUGCUGUUAGCGUCAUGCUAGAGGCUCUCAAUAGAGAUGCCCAACAUGCUACUAUCGCCAAGUUCAUUCAAAAUGAACUUGACGCAGAACGCGAGAAAGUAGCCUUGCUUCACCAACAAGGUUCUCAACAAGCAGAGUUGUUGAGAGAACAAGGUGCUCAACAGUUUGAACUGUUGAGACAGCAGCCGGCUGCUGCUGGCGGGGGGUCGAUGCACUCGCGUCGGCCCGAGACUUUGAAGAUUGACAUCUCAAAGUAUAGGGGAGUCGAAGAGGACUCCCUCUUGAGAUGGUUCGUCGAAUUGGAUGACGCCAUAAGGGCGCGUCGCAUCGACGACGGGGAUAUGCAAGUUGCAUUUGCCCAGUCAAAUCUGGCAGGACGUGCCAAGACUUGGGCACUGGGGCUCAAGCUGCACGACCCAUACGCGUUUGGGUCGUUGGAAGUCUUCAAGUCGCGGCUCAGACAAACGUUUGAACCGCCUAGAGCUGAGUUCAGAGCUCGAACCGAACUCUUGAAGCUCAAGCAGGGUAAGCGUGAUGUGCACGCUUACGCUCAACAUAUACGACAUCUCACGAGUUGUAUAAGUUCCAAUCCGGUGGAUGAACACACGUUGGUUUCGGUGUUCAUGCAGGGUCUUGCGGAUGGUCCCGUCAAGACUCACCUGUUCCGGCUUGAACUAGAUUCACUAGAACAAGCCAUUUCAAUUGCGGAGCAGGAAGACUUCAGUCUGAGACAGGCUCGCGCCAGCUCGACAUCAUAUCGUCAACCGAGACGAUAUGACAACGGAGGUCCAGAGCCGAUGGAACUCUGUUAUGUAGAGAGCGAGAAGGCUCGCUCUACAGGCUACAAGAAGUUGCAGAGAUGCAACAGAUGUCAAAAGACAGGACACUACGCUUACGAGUGUAGUGCCCCUCGUCCAGUGUCUCGCGACACUGGGCGUAGUGACCGUCCACCCAUGAGAAAGGGGCAGGGACGAGGGUCCGCAGUUGGUGCAAAGACGCAACAACGGGAUGGACCGUCAAAAAACGGACAGGAUCAGUAG